UUUUGGUCAUUCUUCGUUUGAGCAAUAAACUGGUCGGAAAGUCUCUGGUUUCGUCCGGUGUUCUGACUCUAAUGGUCUUCAGGAGACUCCAGGACACUACAAAUUCUGGCGACGAAGGUUCAGACUACUGAAGCAAGCAACGCAUUCAGGAAGCCCACGAGACGAAAGAAGCACAGAGAAGCCUAAUAGAACGCCAGCCAUGGAGACGUUCUUGCCGACCUUCCCGCCCUUCAACCCACAUAGCGACGUUUCAUCACUCUCACCGAGAUGGCUGAAGUGGAUUGCCCGCUUCGAAAACUUUCUGCUAGCCGCAAACAUCACAGAUCCAGCCCGAAAGCGAGCGAUGUUACUGCAUUACGCAGGUGAAGAAGUCUACGAUGUGUUCCAGACGCUGCCCAACACCGGAACAGACUUUGAUACCGCUGUCACGCGGUUAAAGGAACACUUUGCCCCCAAGAAAAAUGCUGUCUUUGAACGUCACAUCUUCCGCCAAGCACGGCAAGAUGCUGGAGAAACGCUUGGACAGUUCCAGGUUAGGCUCCGCCGGCUCGCAGCAACAUGCGAGUUCACGGACAUAGAGAAAGAACUCGUUUCCCAGAUCAUUGAGGGCACCACGUCUCAUAAGCUACGCAGGGCAGCACUGCGAGAAACCGAUAUCACUCUAGAGAAACUCCUCGCGCUUGGAAGCAGCAUAGAAACUGCAGAGUUGCAGGCAUCCAGCAUCGAAUCUCCAUCUCAAACGUCUACAGUCCAGAAAGUUGACGCCAAGAAGCACGAGCGUCGUAGAACGCGCCGCAAGAAAACUGGCUCUGAACAGAGACAAACAGCUAAAUGUUCGGGGUGCGGAGGAAGCUGGCCGCACAAGAACGGCAAGACACGUUGCCCAGCCUGGGAAGCAGUUUGCCACAACUGUGGGAGAAGAAACCAUUUCGCAAAGUGGUGCAGAAGCGCCCGAGAGCCCAAGGAGAAGAUACGCUCUUUAAAGCUCAGCUACGCCGAUUUUCGAGUGUUACAGAAUGGAAUGAUUCACAUUGGGGAAGUGAUAAACAGUUCGCAUUAG